CAGGGGCCGCCAAAAAUGGCAAUCCCAUUUAAACCAGCCCCGGCUCCGCCACCCAUCCUCGCCUUACCCGCCAGCGCCCCAGCCCAGCGAUCGCCGGAGCCCGGGCCUCCCCACCGCUCGCGCCGGCGGUCGCCGAUCAUGGCCACCACCCCCGCCGAGGAUCCGGAGCCUGGGCUACCUCCUCCCAAAGCGCUCUGCGAGCAGCCGCGGCGGCGGCGCCCGUGCGUCCUCCUCAGCUUCUCGGCAGCGCGCGACCGCUUCCUCCGGGGUCGGUUCCUCUCGGCGGGCCUGCGCCCCUUCUCCGUCCGCCUCCCCUCGCCGGCCGGCACCAGCACCGUCGUCCACCUCUGGGCGCCGCCGCGGCCCGCGCGGCGGCCCGUGCUCCUCCUCCACGGGUUCGGCGCGUCGGCGACGUGGCAGUGGGCCCCGUACCUCCGCAGCCUCCUCGCGGCCGGCCUCGACCCCAUCGUCCCGGACCUCCUCUUCUUCGGCGCCUCCUCGUCCACGGUCCCCGACCGCUCCGACACCUUCCAGGCCAGGACCGUGAAGGCCGCCAUGGACGGCAUGGGCGUGCGCCGCUUCGCCGUGGUCGGCGUCAGCUACGGCGGCUUCGUCGCGUACCGGCUGGCGGCCAUGUACCCGGAGGCCGUGGAGCGGGUGGUCCUCGUGUCGUCGGGCGUGUGCCUGGAGGAGGGGGACCUCGCCGCGGGCCUGUUCCCCGUCGCCGACGUCGGGGAGGCGGCCGAGCUGCUCGUCCCCCGCCGGCCGGCGGAGGUGCGCCGGCUCGUCAAGCUCACCUUCGUCCGGCCGCCGCCCAUCAUGCCCUCCUGCUUCCUCAAGGAUUACAUCAAUGUGAUGGGCUCAGACCACCUUGAGGAGAAGGCCGAGCUUCUACACGCUCUCAUCAACGAUAGGAAACUGUCAGAUCUUCCAAAGAUAAACCAGCCAACGCUGAUCAUUUGGGGGGAGCAGGAUCAGGUCUUCCCAAUGGAGCUGGCGCAUAGGUUGGAGAGGCAUCUUGGGGAGAGUUCUAGAUUAGUAGUCGUAAAAAACGCUGGGCACGCGGCCAAUCUAGAGAAGUCCAAGGAGGUGUGCAAGAGCAUCAUUGACUAUUUUCAGGAACCGGGUUCAAGUGAUUGAGUUGGGGGGAAAGGAGGUGAAGCCACAAUGUGACGGUUGGAAAUUCUGAGCUAGGACAUCGUCCUGUGCUUGGCCCGCAGUUUUGCCGUUUCCUUGGCACCUUGUAAUUGUAACAAAAGAACCUUUGUAAUCACACGGACCAUACAAGUCUCCUGUAAAUUGUCUGAGGGCUUUCUGCGCUCAAAGAAACACACUCCUCAGCUGUGAAAUUGAAGAAGGUAGAAGGCUGAGGUCCUGUUCCCUUGUCCAGCCAAUGCCAAAUGCCACUGGAAAACGGCCUCCACCGCACCAAUCUCGUCGGUUUUUAAUGCCAUUUUGAUCAUAUCAAUUUAUGA